CCAGACAGUCGAAGCACUUCCGGCGCCUGGAGCCAGCGACACACUGGGGCUUUUCUUUUUCCCCCAGCUGAGCGAGAAUUCAUAAAACUGCUGCUGUCCUCAGAUUAAAGGACUGAGCUGAAGCUGGUGUCUGUACACGACCCUGCCUUGAACCCCCGGGGGGGCUGGGUGUGAGAGAGUUCCACCAUGUCUGAACUUUUUAUGGAGUGUGUUGAGGAGGAGCUGGAGCCGUGGCAGAAACAAGCUCCUGAAGUUCAAUUGAUAGAUGACGAUGAUGAUGAGCCCAUCUUCGUUGGAGUGCUCUCUAAUAACCAAAAGGAUGGAAAGCCUAACCCUCCACCUCCUCUAAGGAACAGCGCAGGAAAACAAGAAAUAAAGCGCCCUGCUCCUCAGCCUGUCAUUGGCUCCUCACAGAUAAUGCUGCCAUUGAGUAUCACUGGAAAUGCAGUGAAUACUGCAGCACCCAAUCUGACAACAGUGACUCCGCAGCCUGUUAUUGUCAAUAACCAGGGAUUUAUUGUCACUUCUCCACAAUUAGCAAACAGCAGUGAGUUUAUUGCCUCUCUGGGGUCCCAGUACCCCCCUGGGACUUCAUUUACAAUCGUACCAGCUGGUCAGCAGCAGCUGUUUCAGCAUGUCACUCCAGCCACAGUAAUACCUGGUGCUGUACACAGGCCUCAGGUGCAACAAAUCAGCAACAACAUUGUGACGUUGUCUAAUGUACAGAGCCCUGCUCUGUAUUCAGCGCAACCCAACCGCACCAACUCACAAUCUCUUCAGACCUUUUCUAUGCCUGUAAAGGUCAAUAGCAAUAACAGAGAUCAAAUCUUACUCAAACGAGGACUGGCAACACAGCAAACAGACAAUGCAGCAAAAAGAGUAAAGCUGGAUUUCGGGCCGACAAAUGUUGCAGUCCCAGUGGAAAACGGCAUCAUCAAGAAGAAAUGUCCAAAGUGUCAGGAAGAAUUUGUUACGCAGGAGACCAUGAGGUGUCAUAUGAUGAGCUGCUGUGUAAAUGUGGAAAGUACAGCUCUGUCAGCCCUGGACAUUAAUGCAAACAAGCGCAUCAUGCUAGUCUCGGAUUUCUACUACGGCUGGUUUGAGGGAGAUGGGAAUAAGAAGGAGGUGCAGAAGACCAACACCACUUUCAAGUGCCAGAGCUGUUUAAAAGUUCUCAAGAACAACAUCAGGUUCAUGAACCAUAUGAAGCACCACCUGGAGUUGGAAAAGCAGAACAGUGAGAGCUGGGAAAGCCACACAACGUGCCAGCAUUGUUACCGACAGUACAUGACUCCAUUCCAGCUGCAGUGCCACAUCGAGAGCGCUCACAGCCCGAUCGAAUCCUCAACCAAUUGUAAGAUUUGUGAGCUGGCGUUUGAGUCAGAGCAGGUUCUCCUGGAGCACAUGAAGGACAACCACAAGCCCGGGGAAAUGCCGUAUGUGUGCCAGGUCUGCAAUUACAGGUCGUCUUUCUUCUCAGAUGUGGAGACACAUUUCCGAAAUGUCCAUGAAAACACAAAAGACCUUCUCUGUCCCUUCUGUCUCAAAGUUCUAAGAAGUACUCACAUGUACAUGCAACACUACAUGAAACAUCAGAAAAAAGGGAUCCAUCGUUGUGGAAAGUGCAGGCUGAAUUUCCUCACCUACAAAGAGAAAGUGGAGCACAAGACUCACGUCCACAAGACUUUCAGAAAACCUCGAGCCUUGGAGGGCCUUCCUCCGGGAACAAAGGUGACCAUUCGAGCUUCCCUCACAGGAAAGGCACCCACAUUGCCCACAUCCCCUGAUCGAGCUGGCUUCAUUGUCAGUCCAGAAACACUAAGUUUCAGUCAGCAAACCAAACCUCCAGUCAGUAUAUCCAAGUCUAAAUCAAACGUCUCUGGAGCAGCGGGAAAAGCCAAGACGACGCAGAGCAAGAAGCAAAAUGGCCGCACUAGCAAGCACAAUCUGGCGCUCAGGAAUCUCAGCGUCAGUGGAGGGCAAUACACGUGCAUCGAGUGCAACUCAAAAGUUGACGACUUCUUUUCUCAUUUCCCAAUGGUUUCAAAUUGUGGCGCGUGCAAAUAUCGCACAAGUUGCAAAGUCUCCAUUGGGAAUCAUAUGAUAAGAUUUCAUAGUACCAUAACCAAAAACAGAUUUCUGAAAAUGGAUCAUAAGAAAAAUCCGUCUGCAUUAAAAUUUACCCUCGUGUGUCUCAACUGUGACCUCCUCGUGGACGCAUCAGGAGGCGACCUGAUGACCAAACAUUUAACUGAUAGACCAAGUCACAUAUGCAAAGUCAUUCAGGAGAAAGAUAUGAAAGCCAAAGAUCGAGUGCAACUCAUCUUGGAGCAGCCAUCAAAAGUCUUGUACUUCUUGACAACAGCACCCACUCAAAGACCAAAGGAAACGGAUUUGAAAGUAACUGAAUGUGUCACAUCUCAAAGAAUUACUCCAGCCAAUGUCGACCAGCCAGAGUUGGAGCCGAUGUUACCAGCAGGUGAUCAGGAAAAGGGUUCCACAGAAACACGUGUCAUUUCAGGUUCUUCUCAAGGUGAAUCAAAGCCCACUUCAUCGUCUUCCUGUACAUCAGAUGGGGGAUUAGAUCUCUGUGACGAGUCAGUUGGUAACUCAGAGAGCCUCGAGGUCAAAGAGAUGCUCCCUGUCUCAGAGAUUGUCCCAGAGGAUGAGACCAGAGAACAGCAAACUAAAUCAGAGUGAACCUGUGCAUCAGCUGAACAAUGCACAUGACACACGUGGAGACUGCACAGUUUAAAAGUUUAAAAGUAAUUGCAUCGUCAGCCAUACUUCGGCAUUGUUUCCUUUACAAAUAUUGAACAUAUGGUAAUGUUGCUUUGGCUGCUGGUAUUUCCUAUAAAUCCCCCGAAGAAUAAUGUGUUUGGCAAACCAACAACAAAUAAAAAAUACUCUUUUGUCAAACCUCCAUUACCUAAAUAAAUGUAAAUUAUAUUUGUAUUUAUAAAUAAAAAUAAGUCCACUUCCCUUUUGCCCUAUAAUCUAUAUAGUUAAAAGAAUGUGCAUAGUCUUACAUUUAAACAUCAGAAAUCAUUAUUCUGCACAUUGACAGAUUCCAGACCGCUCAGUGUCGGUUGUUGACUGGCCUUAAAUGAUUGGAGCUCAUUUUGUGUCUUUUAAAAGCUUCACAAACUGGUUGAUGUUCUUCAGGAACUCCCAUCUGCUAUAAAGAGGACAGUAUUUGGCUCUGCUCCUGAUCCGUAUAGUAUCCACACAAACUGAGAAACUGUCAUUUUGUUGGAGCAGUUUAAGUCCCAUUUCCAUUGGAGAUUAAUUUGCACUGGUAUCUUGAUUUUAGUUCAGAUGCUCGUUCAGAUUUUUAAGUCACCAACAUCAUAUUUUAUCUUCUUGUUUGUUUCUUCCAAUUAUAUUGAAUGUAAGGUCGCUGUCCCAAAAACAUUAUCACUGAAAUGGUUUGUGGCAGAAAUAAAUGAUGUACAGGUGUACUGUUACCAGACACAGUAACAUGGAUCCCAACACUCUCGAGAAAGAUACUUUAAACCACUAAAAAAAAAAUACAUUAGUACAUAUAUAGAAAUUACUAGUGUAAUAUUGUAUUCCCUAACAAAAAGGGUGUCAGCUUAGUGAAACUUGGGGCUUGGAUAAAACAGAAAAAUAAAGCAGUGGUAGGGGAAAAUGGCUACAACUAUUUGAGAAGUGAAACAAGUAAUAUGUAUUCCCCCGUACUCAAGUAGACUUUAUUCAUACUUCAUACUACUUUGUGGUACAUGUACCAGCUUGUAAAAGAAAUCUGUACAUGUUACUGUAGGCAGAGGUACUCGCUCGGCACAACACUCCAGCUUGAUGAAAUCUGUCAACCACUUUUUAUGUCUCAGCUUCUGGUUGAUUAAGCUGCCUUUUUUUUUUUGCAUUUAGGGUUGAAAAAAAAAAGAAGCUAAUUCCCUGUAGCUCUGGGGAUAUUUUAUACAAUGCAAUUUGUUUACCUUGUGUGACUUAAAUAUAUCAAAUGUCUGUUUGUUUCAAAGGUUUUUAAAAGGGAUUUCACUUGUAUUAUACAGUAUGUGUAGAGCAAGUCUGUAAAUGCUUCUAUGUCUACUGUAAAUGUAACUACCUGAGUCUGUUUUGAAAACAUUCCUCUAAAGAUAUUGUGCUCCCCUUAGGAUCACAUUUUCCUCAAAAAUCUAUAAACUACUGGGUUUGAAUCAGUGUUUUUUUUUUGUUUUUUUUGUUUAUGUAAAUAAAACUUUACUACAAGAGG